UAAUACAAAAGAGACGAUCAUUGUGAAAACGAAGUUAUCUUGAUAUUUCAAUUCUAAAACUUCUAAACAAAGAACGAAGAAACUCUCAAAAUGGCUUCGGUUUAUAAGAUUAGUGUUUUGAAAAAGAUGGACGAAGAACCUGGAUUAUUCGUUUUAAUUCCAAAAUCCUUUGAUUUUGAUAGUUUAAUGAAGACCAUUAUCGAUCGCUUUCCAAAUCUUAAGGCUCGGCAAUUCUUUAUGUUUUAUCGCGAUUCGGAUGAUGAUAAAGUGAUGAUCAGUACUGAAUUAGAUUAUCGUCAAUUUUGGGGACAGAAGAUAAAUAAGAUAUUCAUAGUAACGGGUUCAAUUGAAACGUCAUGUAUCGGAACGCUGCCAUCAAGUUCGAACAUUCUGUCAACAAUUGAGGAAUUUAUGGAACAUUUCAACAAACAGCAUGAAAAAUUCAACUUAAAAAUGGAAGAAAUGCGAAAAUGUUUUGAUAGAAAUCAAGAAACUGGUUCCACCGCUGUCAAUGGAGUGAAACAAAAUCUUACAGAUGAAAUUGGUGCGAUUGGUGGAGUGGAAGUAUCAUCAGUCCAAGCUGUGCAAAGCGAUGAACGUUUGAAUAAAGUCAACGUCUGUAGCAAUAACGAUGGCCAACCUUCUUGUCCUUCCUCAGUGUCGAAUAACACCGAAAACACCUUAACACUUUUUAAAACGUUUACAGGCCAGAAAUGGACACUCAUCGGAACUGAAGAAAUUGCUUCAGGUGGUUCAUGCGGUAGUGCCGCAGCCGUCUCAGAGAAAUCAGCUGAAUCACUGCAAUAUUUGGAUAAGUCCAACCAAAUUCACCAAGCUCCAACCGAAAACGUUGUCAAUUCGAAUGGUGUUGAAGAAUUCAAGAAACAGGAACCAGCUCGAUUGCAUUUAGAUCUUCGUAUGAACGAAGCAUUAGCUACUUUAAAUGCUGUGGAAUGUAAAAAUGAACCGUCAUUAUUAGCGAAUGAAUCUUCUAAUGCAGGGGAAUUAGAUACGUUUCUCGGUGCGAAAGAGACACCCGCAGCUAAGAAUAGUGCUCUGGAGAAUACAACGACCGAAAAUCCACCACCACUACCACAACAACAUCAACCAGGAAUGGAGCUGGCACCGUUGCCAAAGCAAUCUAAUGUGUUGCUGAACUCCGAAGAGGAUCAAUCACUGAUUGAUCAUCAAUGUUCAUACCGAAAUACCGAUGGUAAAAAGUGUUAUACGCGUCAACAAAUUAUGCUAUUGCGUGAAGCCGAAGCAUCGCAGGCAUUACCACAAUUUCAAGAUCAUUUCUCAAUUAUCCGCAAGAAUUCCAUAUCACAUGGCAAAAGUGGUAGUGGGAAGAGGAAAAAAGUAAGGAAAUCAGACAUGAUUCACGUUGAAUUGGCGCUCAUUAAAGAUGAUGUUGAACUGCAUGAAUAGACCAA